AUGGACAACAAUGGAUGGAAUCGAGUACAUGUUUCCAAUCAAGACUCGCGCGCCCCAGGAGUCUUCAGCCCUGGCGAUACACAGCCGAUUGUCUGUUUGGACUUUCUUGAUUGGAAGGCUACCAAGUGUUUCCAUCUGCAACACAGCCGUGGAGGGAGGGUGGAGGGUGGAGGGGUGAAAGUGAAGAGCCUCCCGCCCCCGUCCCAACCCCCUUGCCUCCGCCGCUCCCCGUCCCACCCCCCUUGCCCGCACCGCUCCCCUUUCCAUUUCCCCCGCCCGUUCCCAUCCCUUUCCCCCCGCCCGUACUUGUUCCGUCGCCCGAGUCCAACCCCGUUCCUUUCCCCACGUCUGGUCCCACGUCUGUUCCCCCGCCCAUUCCUGUUCCUUUUCCCCCACCCUUCCCCGUUCCUUUCCCCCCACCCGCUCCCCCCCCUGUUCCCCCACCCGUUCCUGUCCCUUUUCCCCCACCCGUCCCCGUCCCCUUUCCCCCACCCGUCCCCGUCCCUUUUCCCCCACCCGUCCCUGUUCCUUUCCCCCCACCCGUUCCUGUCCCUUUCCCCCCACCCGUCCCCGUACCUUUCCCCCCACCCGAUCCUGUCCCUUUCCCUCCGCCCGUCCCCGUCCCUUUCCCCCCGCCUGUCCCCGUUCCUUUGCCCCCACCUGUUCCUGUCCCUUUCCCUCCACCUGUCCCUUUCCCCCCACCUGUCCCCGUCCCUUUCCCCCCACCCGUUCCCGCCCCUGUUCCCCCACCCGUUCCUGUCCCUUUUCCCCCACCCGUCCCCGUCCCUUUCCCCCCACCUGUCCCCGUCCCUUUCCCCCCACCCGUUCCUGUCCCUUUCCCCCCACCCGUCCCCGUCCCUUUCCCCCCGCCUGUUCCCGUUCCUUUUCCCCCACCCGUCCCCGUCCCCUUUCCCCCACCUGUUCCCGUCCCUUUUCCCCCGCCUGUCCCCGUUCCUUUCCCCCCGCCCGUCCUCGUCCCGUUCCCCCCGCCCGCCCCUGUUCCCUUUCCCCCGCCUGUCCCCGUCCCUUUACCCGCACCCGUCCCCGUUCCUUUCCCCCCACCUGUCCCCGUUCCCUUUCCUCCGCCCGUCCCCGUCCCUUUCCCCGCCCCCGUUCCCGUCCCUUUUCCCCCACCCGUCCCCGUUCCCUUUCCUCCGCCCGUCCCCGUCCCUUUCCCCCCACCCGUCCCCGUUCCCUUUCCUCCGCCCGUCCCCGUCCCUUUCCCCCCACCCGUCCCCGUCCCUUUCCCCCCGCCCGUCCCCGUCCCUUUCCCCCCGCCCGUCCCCGUCCCUUUCCCCCCGCCCGUCCCCGUCCCUUUUCCCCCGCCCGUCCCCGUCCCUUUACCCGCACCCGUUCCAGUUCCUUUCCCCGCGCCCGUUCCCGUUCCUUUCCCCGCGCCCGCUCCCGUUCCUUUCCCCGCGCCCGUUCCCGUCCCUUUCCCCGCCCCCGCUCCCGUUCCUUUCCCCGCGCCCGCUCCCGUUCCUUUCCCCGCGCCCGUUCCCGUCCCUUUCCCCGCCCCCGCUCCCGUUCCUUUCCCCGCGCCCGUUCCCGUUCCUUUCCCUCCGCCCGUUCCCGUUCCUUUCCCCGCGCCCGUCCUGGUUCCAUUCCCCGUGCCGGUUCCCGUUCCUUUCCCCGCGCCCGCUCCUGUUCCUUUCCCCGCGCCCGCUCCCGUUCCUUUCCCUGCUCCCGUUCCCGUCCCUUUCCCCGCCCCCCCUCCCGUUCCUUUUCCCGCGCCCGUUCCCUUUCCUUUUCCCGCGCCAGUUCCCGUUCCUUUCCCCGUGCCCGUCCUGGUUCCAUUCCCCGCGCCCGCUCCCUUCCCCUUUCCCGUGCCUUUCCCCGCACCCGUCCCCCUUCCUUUCCCCGCGCCCGUUCCCUUUCCAUUUCCUUUACUCCCACACCCCGCUCCGCGCCCGUCAUCGCCCUCUUCCCCCCGCCCGUCAUCGCCCCCUUCCCCGCGAAUGUCAUCGUCCCCUUCCCCGUGCCUGUGGGUACACCCUUCCCUGCGCCCGCGCCUCUUCCGGCGGAUUUUCUGGCUCCCGAAUAUUCUCCUCUUGCCAGCCGCUGCCGCCAUUUCGAUCAGCCUGA